AUGGCCGAGCGCAAGCGGAAGGCGCUGUCUUCGUCGUUCUUGUGUUCGCCAAUACCCAAAGACCCGUCGCAAGUGUUUUUCGUGGACGACAGAAGCUCCUUGCAGUCCAAAGACGGAUCCAGCGGCAUCUUCCUAGACGACAUGAAUACGCCCAACAAAAGCAACAGCCGCUUCUCACCCGAGUACGUACGACAGCUUCAUGAACGUAAACAAGCAGUGGAAACUGACAGUGCAAGAAAGAUCAAGCGGCAGCGACUUGAGAUUGAGAGUAUGGCAGUCUCCAAGAAUGAGGAGCUGAAGCGGGAAGUGCAGAUGCUGAAGAUUCAAUUGGAGACCAACUCUCAGCGUCACCAGAUCGCGCUAAAGGAAAGAGACGUGCAGCUAGACCAACUUCGACGACAGCUUAAGUUCGCUGUGACGGAGGAAGAGGAGACACGGACAGAGCUCAAGAAUGUCAUUAAUGAACAUUCAUCGGAGAAAUUACAGCUGGAGAAGAAGGUGGUUGAAUUGGAGGCGCAGCUGGAGCUUGUCGAGGGGAAGCUGAACGAGUGGAAGGAGAAAGCUCUGGAAGCGACCAGCCAACUGCGCUCGAAGUCGAGACAGUCGGAGAUGAAGAUCCAGCUUCUACAGUAUGAACUGGAGGCAGCUCAAGACUCGUCGUCGACUUCUUCUCAGAGUGAGGACAAUAUCUUUGAAUCAAAGAUUCGUUUGCUAGAGUCCCAGCUGAAGGAGAAGAGCCUCGAAGCUGAACACGCAGCUUCAAGCUUACUUGGAGCCCAAGAGACUCUGGAAAACGCCAAAGAAGUUCGCGAGCUGAACGAACAGAUCAUGCAACUGCAGUCUACAGAGCGCAAACUUAAAGCUGAGUUGGUGGACUUGAUCGAGGCGUCUCGAUCUUCGUCUAUUCUGCAGGAAAAGCUGUAUCAGACGACUCAGAAGCUGCAGCAGAGCGAAGAACGAAACUCUCAGGCGCUCAAACGCGUUGAGGCUGCGAUGCUCGUGGAGGAGGCCCACAAGCAGUUCUACGACUACUUCGAGCCGAUUGUGAAGGAAGCAAACAGUGGUGUGUCGCUGGAAGACCUGAAGAACCGACCUGCAACUGCCGUCAUUGACCUGUAUAAGGCGCGUCAAAAUGCUUUCGAGAUUCUCCUGGAGCAAAAGAGCAACAUGGAGAUCCAGCGUCGGCGACUGGAGAAGCAGUGCGAAAAGCUUCAAAGUGACUUGAUCACGUCGAGUAACAAGUGCGCGAAGCUUGAAAUACAGCUGACGGAGACUCAAGAGAAGAUGAAUGGCUCCAAUGAUGUGGUCGCACACUUGCGUAAGUUGAAUACGGAGUUGAUUGAGAUUCUGGAAACGUACGGUAAGGACCCGGACGACCAGGAAGCAAAUGAACUCUCGACGAAGCGUGUUGCCUUGCUGGAGUCGUCACUGAAGCAGUCACAAGAACUGUUAAAGGGGAUGGAAUCUACCCAGAAAUCCAUGGCGACACCUGCUGCUGUCAAGAAGUAUGAGGCUCGGAUUGAGAGACUGGAGAAGGCGCUGGCUGACGCGAAGCAGGAGAAUGGGAAUCUGACGAAGCAUCUUGAAAAGGCAGAGAUGGAGCUAGCAGUCUUUGAGAAACGAUUGGGCAGAGGAGAGUUCAACGUCGAGACGACGAAGAUUGUGCAUCUGGCUGUCAAUCCAACGCGUGAGCUGCUCCAAAGCAAGGCCAAGUCUAGUGACAUUGAGAAGCUGCGCCAAGAAAAUGAGGCACUACGUGCAAGACUCAGCAAACUCACGGACGGCGAAGACACAGAGGUAAGUCGUAGUAGUGCGAGCUGCUCUAAUCAGGACAAACUUACCACCACAACGUCGUACGAUACGGUGGAGGGUCUCAAGAAGCUCAAUCAGCGUCUCAAGCAGGUGUUUGGAGACCAAAUCCGACAGUACAGAGAGGCAGUGUAUUUGCUGACGGGCUACAAGGUGGAUCUGAGAAAGAGUAAUGGUAUGGAGCUGCUUCGCCUGCGUUCCGUGUACGCCGAGCACGACGACGACGAGCUGCUGGUUCGCAUGGAGGCCAACGGGUCGCUGGAGCUACUGGACAGCGAGUUCUGCUCACAGAUCAACCAGCGUGUGUUUGCGUAUUUGACAACAUGUCGAUCCUUCCCAGCGUUCUUGUCCACACUAACGCUGCAUUUGUUCGAGAAGCAGACCUUCCAGGGCAAUUAG